CUUUUUCGUAAGGUGUACGUCGGAAUGGAAUGCACUGUUCAGAUAUAGGUUAGAUUCUCAAAACUAGUUUAGUUGUUUGUUUGUUUUUUAAAUUAAAUUCUUCACCAGUUACCUUUAAGAGCUGGUCUGUGGAUCUAGAAUCUAGAUAUAGUGACUUAAUCUAUGUCACCUGUCAAGACUCGGUUUUUACACUGUUUAAGUGAUCUACUUUGGAUACUCAUGCCUGUUGGUGACUUGAAGCUGGUAACUUCAUAUUAAACAGUUCAGUAACAGCAGACGACUAGUUAGUUGGCAAAUUGACAGCAAGGCGUCACAACUUCCGCCGGAGCUGUUAGCAGACAUCCAGACUCUCCAUAGAAACCGAAAAAAAAAAACCAAGGUUGGAUUAACUUGCAUUGUUGAUCAGUAAACUUCCAAAAGAGAUAAUUCACAUAGAUCGUCGCAGCAUUUUAGAUCUCUUGUGAGUCUCAAGCGAUCCUCACGUUUCGGUGACCAGUUAAAACACAUAUAAAGGAAGAUUUGCUAGAUCUCUAUGAGACCAUUGUCGAUCACAUCUGUCCGACUUUCGCGGCUCUAAUGCUAUGCAGAAGUAUACUCGGCCGCCCUUAAGACAAACGGGGUCAAGGUCGAACACCCCAUCCAGAGGGCAACCAGCAGCACCAAACGGAACUGUUAGACGAUCGGAUGGAGCCAGCGGCGCCCCUUUAGUAGUUGCCCUUAUUCCGUCACCACAGGCAGGGGGCCCAGCUGAGGGCGAACAAGGAGCGGCAGUCGAAGUAGCAGACAUGGCGGAGCAACUUGCCAACUUAAAGAUUAACUCAGGGAGUAUGGAGAUUUGUACAAUACCGGAACCAGUUCAUGAGACCAGCACACAUCCUGGCCAAGCACGCAUCUUGAGGGACGAGAGUAACUUUAUACAGAAUGUUGGUCAGUUUUACAACCAGCAGGAUAUCAGUGAUGUUAUACUCAAGAUUGGCAACCAGUCUUAUUUUGGCCACAAAUUCGUCCUGGCCAAGUCCAGUGAUGUAUUUCGUACAAUGCUGUAUGACAAAAAUUGGCUUCAGUCAGGUCUGCCAGAGAUUAUUCUAGAAGAAACUGAAGAGUGCCAGAAGUAUUUCGACACAUUUCUGAGAUUCCUGUACACAGCAGAAGUAAACAUCAGUGUGGAUUCUGCAGUUGGCAUUCUCUGUCUAGCAGAUAAAUAUGGAGUGACAUCACUGAAAAACCUGUGCACACAGUACAUGGUUGAACAUACCAGAUCUCCAUUAGUGAAGAAUGCACUGAACUGGUACUCCUGGUCUAAAGCCCUUCACAUGAAGGAGCUCAUCCAUCAGUGUUCAAAGACCAUUGCCUGGAAUGCAGAGCAGUUACUGAUCUCUCCAGAGUGGCACCACAUGGACAUUGACUUUGUCAGCGACCUGUUGAAGAAUGGUGACCUUGUCAUUCAGAGGGAAGACAUGCUGUUCAGAGCCUUGCUGCAUUGGCUGGAAUCAGAGGAACGGAGGGAACACUUUCAUGAGUAUGCCAAGGAACUGUUGCCCUUGAUCAGAUUCCCACAAAUGCAGGUCAAAGAGUUAAUCUCUGUUGAAAAGAGUGACCUGUAUCAGGACAAAGAAUUAAAACCACUUCUCAAGAAACUCAUCAACAAGGCUUACAGGUUCCGUGCCCUGUGCCCUCAUCAGACUGAUAUUGACGUCUCAUUUGCCCAAGAUUUUUACUUACCUAGAAACUACCUUGACCUUGCAGUUGAUAAUGUUCACAUGCAGAAAACUUUAAGGUAUGGCAUACAAGUGGAUGUCAGAACUUAUGUUGGUUCUGUGCCAUCCGAGUCACGGGAUGGAGAGUGGAAAAUAACAUACAGGAAGUCCAAUGAUACCUGGACUUUGCAGAUAUACUGUCAUGAGUCAGCCUUGCAAGGGGGUGAGGCCCGUGUGCAGGCUGUGCUAAUCAUCACAAACCAAGAUGACCAGGUGGUGCAAGUGGAAGAGUCAGAGGUCACCGUUUGCACCAGAGGGACACACCUGGCCAUGAAUGCUACAGUACCUGACCAAGACCUGUCAAAGAACAUGGCUGUUCUAUUCAAACCUAUUCCCAAGUAAAGUGGAUUGAGUUGAUACUGGGAAGAAUCAUGUAUAUAAUUGAUUUAUGUUUUGGUGCUUUAUUUAAUUUGAACACACAAACUAGUGAGGGCAUCCUAGGAAGGCAGAAUGUAUUUGUAGCUCAAAUGUGUAUAUUUGUUUUUAUUGACAAUUUAAGAAGUAGAUAUUUGAAAAGAGAAAACUGAGAUUGGAGCUCUUUGAAAAUAACUUACAUGAUUUUCAGAAGUACUUUACAAGAGUUAGUGGUAUUGUAUUGGUGUUUACUUUAAGAUAGCUAUACAUAUAUAUUUAUAUUUGGUUAAAUCACUUAAAAUCCUUAAGCAUUGCACAUUUAUCAAGAGUGUCUCUCAGGUUGGACUGUUCAUAGCUUGCUCAUUUGAAUUGUUCAUUUUGUUUACAACUAUCUUGAUCAUGUCUGCAAUUGUUGUGAAAAUUUGUUGUUCAUUUUGUAUACUACUAUCUUGAUCAUGUCUGCAAUUCUUGUGAAAAUGAAAUCAUAUUUAUUUGUUAUUUAUUGUGUGUGUUCUAUACAUAAUCCUCUUGGGGCCAAAGAUAAUUUCAAAAAGUCAUUUUUUUUUUUCAUUUAUUUAUUCAAAUCCCAACAAAAUUUUGGGUAGACCAUGUGCAAAUCUUGUACAGACCAAGAACCCAGCGCUUAACAGACCAUAUCCAUUUUUUUGUUAUAUUAGUUGUAUUUUCAAACUUUUUUAAAAACAUUUUCUGAAGAUGAAGAAAGAUUGUAUUUUCCAUGUAUCACAAAACCAUUUGUAUGUUUUUGUCUUCUCAAGCCUCUAAGAUGAUUUUUUUGUUCUUAUAGUGUUUGACCUUUUAGUAGGACUAUGUCUUGUGCAUAAUAGUAUUUAAAAAUUAAAUUAAUAUGACAUGAUUGCUUGAAAAUGUUUCAAGACUAGUCUCUUCUAGGGGAACACAUUGUCUCUUGCGACAUUUUACUUGUCUUUGUUGGUAUAUUUUCCAACUGAAACUUUUUAAAGACAAAAUGUUGACCUAAUUGACUUGUGCAUCAAGGCUUAUAUAAAAAAAAAAUUGACUUGACUACUAUAAAGGACUGUUACAGCCUCUUUACAAGACAUUGACAACUACAAUAUAGAACUGUUACAGCCUCCUUACAAGACUUUGACAACUCCAAUAUAGAACUGUUACAGCCUCUUUACAACUUUUCACUUGAAGUUUCUAACUUUUAUAUUCAUAAUUUUUUAAUGAAAAAAUACUUUGAAUUUCUGACAUUCUUUACAAAUUGAAUAUGAAAUAAUUUCUUUUUCCAGAAUCAAAACUUUGGCUUUUGUUUUUCUCAUUUUGCUUUUGACUUGUAGAACAAGUUUAAUCCCUAACAUUAGACAGAAAAUUUUAGUUUUCUGAGAAGACUGCAAGAGUUUGAUUUCAAACUCUUUGGAACUGAAAGUAGUGAUAGAAAUGUUUGUCUGCAGAGCGGAUGUUUCUAAAAUUUCACUGUGUCUAAUGCUUUAUGAUCUAGAAUUUUUUUUUAUGUGUCAGUUGACAAUUUCUGUAGAUCUUCUAAAGCUAAGUUAGCAGCACAAGACAGUUUAGUGAGCUGACAAUGUCAUAAUAAAUUAACACAAACUUUUUCACACAUUUUUGAUCUGACUAAAGGGAAAUAAUUUAGGUCCUUUUUUUUGUCUCUGUAGUGUGAACUGCUAAAUAAUAUCAGCUUAAAUACAAUGCUGUAUAUAUCACACUUGUUCUUAAGUCUCAGAACUCUUCCAUUAAAUAUGCUUUUGUCUGAUUUUACAAUUGAAUUAAAAUGUGACAUUUUCAAAACAAA